CAUGCUGGGCUGUUCGCGAAGCUACCGUCUUCCAGGUGAUCUGACCAUCAAUCUUCGCUGCACUUCUGUGCUGGUCUUGGACACAUAUGACACGAGUCUGCUCUUGACAAAUGCGGCGCAGCUCAGGAGAUUGGAUCAGAUUGUGGUCGACGUCCCUACUGACGAGCCUUUGAGAAUCGAUCUCUACCUACAAGGCCGAUAUCAACAUAUGAGAUCGCAUGAAAGCUUGUCUGCAAUUGCCAGGGCGUUCCUCGCAAAAGAUGAGCAACUUCUCUCGGGCAACUCCUCGACAGCUACAGACUACAACGGUCUACUAUACAAGAUGUCACUGGACGGUAUCACCCUUUCUGAAGCUGAUCACAUGCUUCAUCGUACGCUUGAAAUGUUUGCGCCCUUUGGCUGACGAUCCAGUGGACUUCACAAAUCGUCGCGAAUGCAGUCCGUCCAACUGUGUGGCUACUUUGAGCAAAAUAC